AGUGUGCCCACUUCACUAAAACGCCACGCUCUAGAGAUAGAGAGAGAGAGAGAGAGAGAGGAGAAAAACACACCGAAAGUCCCUUGAGAUCCCUCAGUUUCUGAACCCCCAAAGGCACAAACUUUUCUGUUCAUUUUUUGCUCUUUCGUCUUCUUUCUAAUUCUGCCAUUUCAGUCUGUUUUUCCACCAACCCAGUUGAAUUCCGAGCAACCUGACGAAAACCCAGAUCAAAUUUCAUGAAAAGGUUUUGAAUUUCCAUCUGGGCCUAAUCGAAUUCAGUUUCUGAGCCGAAAGAUACUAGUUUUCUGUUUGACUUGAUCAGUUUGCUAUUCGUCUUCUUUCCAAUUCAAAUUUCCGAUUAGCUUCCAAAUUUCCACCUGGGUCUAAUCAAAUUUAACAUUUUCCACCAAAAUCUCUGUUUUUUCUGAGCCAAAAGGCUUACUUUUUCUGUUCCAUUUGCUCAGUUGUUCUUCAUCUUCUUACCAAUUCUGGCAUUUUUCUCAGCUUUACAAGUGCCGUUUAAUUAACCCAGUCAAUUCACAAAACCCAAAUCUAAUUUCCAAUAAAUAUUCAAAAUUUCCAGCUGGGUCUGAUUCAUCAUCUUUCACCAGUUCUGGCAUUUUCAUCUGUUUAAUCAAAAUCCAAGCAAUCUCAUAAAACCCAAAUAAAAUUACCAAAAAAGCUUUAAAGUUUCCAACUGCGUUCUAAGCAAAAUCAGUAUCUUCACACAUUAAAUACCGCACACCCGCUGUAAUUAUGACGCACGCGAAAUCUGACUCAGACGUGACGAGCCUAUCCCCAUCAUCACCCAGAUCACCCAAGCGCCCGGUGUACUACGUUCAAAGCCCCUCCAGGGACUCCAACGAUGGCGAUAAAUCCUCCACAGUGCAAGCCACCCCCGCCUUCAACAGCCCCAUGGAGUCCCCCUCCCACCCCUCCUACGGCCACCACUCCCGGGCCUCCUCCUCCAGUCGGGUCUCGGGCCCUUUCCGGUCCUCUAAUUCCGGUCAGAAGGGUGCCCGGAAGCGCAACGACAAGGGGUGGCCGGAGUGCAAUGUGAUCGAGGAGGAUGGAGAUUAUGGAGGGCUUUAUGGGAAUAAAGGGAUUCCGAGAAGGUGCCAGAUUUGUGUUGCUCUGUUCGGAUUUGUUGUGAUUUUCUCUGUUUUUUGCUUAAUUCUUUGGGGAGCUAGCAGGCCGUACAAGGCAAGGGUUUCUGUUAAGAGCUUGGCUGUCCAUAAUUUUUAUUUCGGGGAAGGAUCGGACAUGACUGGUGUGCCUACAAAGAUGCUGACAAUGAACUGUUCAGUGAGGAUGACUGUGUACAACCCAGCUACGUUCUUCGGUAUCCAUGUCAGCUCCACGCCGAUUAAACUGAUGUAUUCAGAGAUCGCAGUUGCAACUGGUCAGUUGAAGAAAUACUACCAACCAAGAAAGAGUUACCGGAAUGUGACUGUGAACCUCCAAGGGAUCAAGGUUCCUUUAUACGGGGCUGGGGCAAGCUUAGCAGUAUCUGAUAACAACGGAGGAGUUCCCAUGAUGCUCGUGUUUGAAGUCCGGUCGCGAGGGAAUGUGGUGGGGAGGCUGGUGAGAUCAAAGCACCGAAGGCACGUAUCUUGCACCAUGGAAGUCGGCUCUCAUAGUAGCACACCCAUCAAGUUAAAAACGAGUUCAUGUACUUAUAAAUGAGCACUGAAGGCGAACCUCUCCGUCUUGUUUGCGCAGUUUCUUCAUGGAACGAGCACAGUUUUUUACAGUUAUAAUGGUUAUCGGAGUGUGAUGGAAGUUAAAUUAUAUGAUUGUUGGAUCGACGAUAUCCAUCUUAUAUGACAGUUGAUAAGUUAAAAGAAUUUUGCUUUUUGUGUCCAAGUUAUUCGUUUAUGUAUUUUGAAAGUAAAGCUGGAGUGACAGAGCAGAUUUUGAAAUGA